AUGAACAACAACAACAAGAAGCUCUCUGUAAGAAACAAAACUCGUUCCAAGAACACCAACUUGAUCACAAGACAAAAGACCAUUCUCAAGAAGGCUUUAGAGCUCUCAAUCCUCUGCGAUAACGAAAUCUGUGUCAUCCAUUACGAUCGUGAAGGAAAUCUCGUCGAAACUUACCCUGAAGAACAGAGCAAAGUGGAAGACAUUCUCGGGAGUUAUAACAGUUUAGGCGACAGAGAAAAACUCAAGAAAAACACGAAUCUUUCUCAAUUCUGUAACAAGAAACUCGCUGACGAGAAGAAAAGAUCUCUUACCAACGCAGAGGAACACAAGAAGUUCACAAAGAAAGUUGGAGAGUUCGAGGGUUCUUUGUUCGAUCAGUUUCAUAUAUUACAAGACAGGUUUCGUGACCUUCAUCAGACCACAGCCGAGCGUGAUCAGAGCCCUUGUCUUGGUGUAAUCUCUGAAAAAGAUCACAACUUUCCGGCGUCUUCUUCUGGCUUCUUCCUCCCCAAUGACUUGUCUUCUUCACUAAUCGAGGAGAAUCCAUUGAUGAAUUUUGGUCCGUACGAUCUUGAUCAUCAACAACAAGAGACAGGAUCGUUAAUGAAUCUUCUCAUGAGUGGUGAUCAUCAUGUGUCAACAAGUACCGAUCAACAAUACCUCCUGAGCCCUCCUGCUUCUUCCUCAAACGUAUGUUCGUUGAAUCAUCAGAGCAAAUUCUCUGUCUUUGUGUUUAACCACGAAACGGCUACGUUUACUCAACUUCCCAACUCUGUUUCUUCAAGCUUCGACCAAGGGUUGAUUGGCACUUAUUGA